UUUCACCAUCUCCGAAGAAACGACGGGGGCGAAAAUGGAGGAACAGAACGACGCCGGUGGCGGUGGCGGUGGCGGCGGCGGCGAGAGCAGUUUGUUGGAUGGAUCGGGUCACUGGUGGUGGGCGAUGGGAAGCGGAGCCCAGAUCAUGUGGGGAGUGAGAUGUAUUCGCAGAGGUUACGCCGGUGACGUUCGUUUAAUGCCGCUAAAAGCCUUCGGAGUCGCAUCACUCUUCGUCGGCGCGGUAGCCACCACCUCCGUCGCAUUUCUCAGCGCCACGGGGAUCCACACGGUCCAAGAUGCGAUGGAAUUGGGAGCUAACAUUAGAACCAAUUUGGGGAUUACUCCUCAAAUACCGGAAAAGCAAAUCACCGCGUUUGGUUUUUGCAGAGGCGGAUGAUCUGUCAUGAACGAUUUCGAGCUUGGUUCUUACCGGAGACGAUCCAAGGACUAGCUCUCCGGUAGAUUGGAGACCUGCUUAAUGCAUCGGAGCGAUUGUCUUUAGUUGCUGCUACCGGUUCUUGUAUUUUCUGUAAUUUUUUACACAUGAAAUUUUGAGUUUUUUUUUUUUUUUCUUGUUCCUACUUGCUUAAUUUACAAAUUAUUAUUACUAUUUAGCUAA